UGGGAGUGGAAAUGUGAAAGGGAAAGCCUUAGCGCAGCCCGCGGCAGGAGGCACAGCGGAGCCGGCCGCUUUCCUCCGCGCCUCAGCUCGCAGCGAAGGACAGCCGGCCUCACCGCGGACAGCCUCCGCCCUUGGCCGCGGCUGGGGCGCGCGCGGAGCCGGCGAGGACUCCUGCCCGCCGCCCUUCCCCGGAGAGCCGCUCCCGCCGCCCGGCCUCGGCGCGAUGUCGGGGCAGUCGAUCACCGACCGCAUCACGGCGGCGCAGCACAGCGUCACCGGCUCGGCCGUGGCCAAAGCCGUCUGCAAGGCCACGACCCACGAGGUGAUGGGCCCCAAGAAGAAGCACCUGGACUAUCUGAUACAGUGCACAAAUGAAAUGAAUGUGAAUAUUCCGCAGCUGGCAGACACGCUCUUUGAGAGAACUGCAAACAGUAGCUGGGUUGUAGUGUUCAAAGCUCUAAUUACAACACACCACCUCAUGAUGUAUGGAAACGAGCGCUUUAUCCAGUAUCUUGCAUCCCGAAACACAUUGUUCAAUUUAAAUAACUACCUGGACAAAAGUGCCAUGCAGGGCUAUGAUAUGUCUACCUUCAUUAGGCGGUAUAGCAGAUACUUGAAUGAAAAAGCACUUUCAUACAGACUUGUAGCAGUUGACUUCACCAAAAUGAAAAGAGGGGUAGAUGGAGUAAUGAGAACCAUGAAUGCUGAAAAGCUUCUGAAAACCCUUCCGAUCAUACAGAACCAGCACGAUGCGCUCCUUGAUUUUGAUGCAAAUCCAAAUGAACUAACAAAUGGUGUUAUAAAUGCUGCCUUUAUGCUCCUCUUCAAAGAUUCCAUUAGACUUUUUGCAGCAUACAAUGAGGGGAUUAUUAAUCUUUUAGAAAAAUAUUUUGAUAUGAAGAAGAACCAGUGUAAAGAAGGCUUGGAUAUGUACAAGAAGUUCCUAGCCAGAAUGACUAAAUUGUCAGAAUUCCUCAAAGUAGCAGAGCAAGUUGGAAUUGAUCAGGGGGACAUUCCAGAUCUUACUCAGGUCAGUGCACCCAGCAGCUUGCUUGAAGCACUGGAGCAGCAUUUGGCUUCUCUGGAGGGAAAGAAAACUAAAGAAGUCUCUGCUGCCAGCAGAGCUAGUGCUCUAUCCAGUGCUGUUUCCACACUUGCCAACACUGGAAUGUCAUUGAGCAGGAUGGACGAGAAAGAGAAGCAGCAGGCAUUGGAGGAGGAACAAGCUAGACUGCAAGCACUUAAGGAACAGCGAUUAAGAGAGAUUUCUGUAGUAUCAAAUUCUACUUCCACAUCGGCAUCCCCAAGCACCUUAUCAGGAAAAAGUGUGAAUACCGCUGCAGCUGUUGACCUCUUUGCAGUUUCAGCACCCACAACAAAUAGCAUGCCCAACCUCUCUAGCGAUCUUUUUGAUCUUCAGCCUGUGUUUGUUCCGACUGGACAGAAUACUGUAGCUACAGCAGCGUCAGCAGGCAGUGCCUGGGGAGGUUUCCCUCUUCAUUCUGCUCCUCCAAGUACCACCCCUUCAGCAAUCAAUGUGGACUUUGAUGCCGUUUUUGGAGGAAAAUCUACAGCACCGCAGUAUAGGACUGCAAGUGCUUUUAAAUAUCUAGAUGAUGUUUUGCAACCCACAGUACCACCGCAAAGUCAAAGAGCCACCUCAGCCAACCAGCAAAGUGGAAAAAUUUUGGCAAAUGACCUCGAUUCUUCUCUUGCUAAUCUAGUGGGAAAUCUUGGCUUUGGAGGAACUCCAUCCAAAAAGUCAGAUAUGCAGUGGACCCAGCCUGCAGAGAAAAAACUUACUGGUGGAACAAACUGGCAAGCAAAAACAAGCACAUCGACCACAUGGAACCCUGCUCCCUUACCCACUCUGCCACAUAUGGUGCCCGCUCCAAUGGCAUACCCAGUGACUACACCUCAAGUGCCUGUCUAUGGAAUGCAGGUACCUCCUCAGAUUGGAGCUGCUCCCUUGAUGGCACCCCAGUCAGUGAUAUAUACACAGCCCGGUCUAAGGCCUACGAAUCCUUUUGCACCCGUUUCUGGAACUCAGGUGAACUGUUCUUUUUAAAUGAAAGACCCCACUGAAACUUGAGUCUGAGUGAAAGCAACUCAAUGUUCCUUGAAGGGCAACCAAUGUAGUUCUAUGUCUGAAAGUGAGGGGUUCUUCAGUCAGAGGCAUCAGCUUUUGCUGGUGAGAAAGCAAAUUCAGCGGGUGAGAGGACGCAAGUGUAGGAAGGAAAGUAAAAGUCAGAUGUUGUGGUUAGCUGUGCACCAUGUCAAUAUUAGGAAAAAGGGGAAUGGCGAUGGCACGUAGACGUCCUUGGACGUUAGCUGGAUAACCAGUAAGGCUAACCCAAGUAGAGGAACAAGGAAAGGACUGUGUGGUGGGGAGGGAAAAAGGGACGGACGAGCGAUCCUUCAAGCUGAAGGAAUUGUCAUCCAAAGAUGUUGGUCUUAAUGUUCUUCGGGACAAAACCCAACUUGCAGGUAACAGGGCAUGUGUAUAGAUGUAGAAUUCUGAACCUGUGAGUAACUGCGUGCUGUGUAAGCGGCAUUAACACGUAAUCCAUGUUUCACAGAUACAGUUCAUGUAGAGCCACCAAAGCUGCAAGAUGCGAGAACAACCAAAUACUGGUAAUGUGAAAAAAGGAAAUCUUUCUGUGAUUUCUGUAUUCCUGGACAGGGCGACUGUUUCUCCCCUGUACGUCGUAAUGUUGUUUUGAAUUGCAGUGCUUUAGGAAUUCUUGUUGAUUACAGUCACUGCUGUGUAAAAUGGUGUUGUUCACCAAUUUCAAGAUUGCUUGGCAGAAAACUGUUCUCGGAGGUCGAAGGUUGACUCAGAAGGCACAAUCUGGAUUCUUCAGUGCUGAGAAGGUCACACGAUUGCUUUGCAACCUGGUUCAUCAGUGAAUUGUGUUAGGAAAUGAAUGAAGAAUGUCAGCUCUUUAUUUUCUCCAUAAAUGAGGUGGCUGUUGUAACCAAGACACAACUCAAAGCUGAGCAAUAACGUUUUUGUCUACUUUAAGAAAUACUCUGAUAGAGUAAUACCUGUGUUAUCCUAAGGCCAAUAUUGUGUGAAUCAGACAGCUCUGACAUGAGAAUAGCUGAGAGUAAUCUACAGCCUUUAUAACGUGAGUUUUAAAUGCUGUGAAUGAACAAGAUUCCACAUAUUCAGGAACGCAGAGAGUCAAACAAGCAAUUGCACCACUAGGAUGUCAGUGUUACACGGCUAGUUGAAAACACAGCUAGUUGGAAGAGUCAGGCUGUGGCGUGGGCUGCUGUAGGGUACGGGGUACAAGUGUGUUACAGAACAGCAUGGGCAGCCCCCGCCAGGUGACAGCAGGCACACUUCCACUGAGUGUCUUCUCUGCAGAGUUCGUCUUUCACAGCUGAAAGGAGAGUAGAUUCUGCUACAGCAAAUGUAGAUCUCCCCCAGUAGCAGCAAACAGGGGCAAUUCAGGGCUCUGGUUGCUAGCUACAGAAGAGGUAAUCUAUCCCAUUGGAAAGGGCAGGGGGAGGAAACGCCCAAUAAAAAAACCCUUCUUUUUUGAACUAACAGACUUUUUAGAAAGUAAGCUUUGCCAUAAUGCUGGUGUUUCAGAACUGGCAAUUUUACAGAAAUAGUCUCGCUCUGGUGAAUUGCUUGUGCUGCUUUUCUGAAAUAAGAAUCUACUUGCAAACAGUAUAAAAGGAAUUAUUUUUAAAUAUGUAAAUAUGUGCAAACUUGUAAAUAACGUUUUCUUUCAUGCUGCGGUCAUCUUUUUCUUCUGUAUUAUUUUCAAGAAAAAAUGCUUUCUUAAGAAAUAGAGGCUUUUGAAAGGAAUACCUUGUAAAUGAA